ACGGUAUGUACAAAUGCUUGACCAAAUUGCCCGGCAGAUGAUUGACUUCUACAAGGACUUGGUAACUCAGCGACUGAUGGAUCAGCGCAUUUUGCAAGAAUUGUACAAUUUUAAGAGUGUGAUUGAGGAACUGUCCAGGGAGCUGUGUCUGGUUCGGGCACAUGAUAUGAAGUUAACAAAGGAAGCAGAGAAAACCCACCAGGAUUUGACACAAGCUCUUUUAGAUGCUGAAAAGAAUGCCAAGUGAGUUACCAAAUGUUU